CUGUCUUGACUGCAGGAGGAGAGGGUGCGCGCGCCGUCCGGUGUCUCGGGAGCGUUCACUCACGCGCUCCUGCACAGUCAGCAAAAGAGCAGUUUUUCGGCUGAUUAGCGCUCCAUUUGACUUCCACUCACAUAUCAAACUGGAGCAAUGAGGACAAGUGAGUUUGAUUCAUCUGACGAAGAGGACUUAGGUGAAGUGGAAGCCACACCUUUUCAGAUCUCAUGGUUGUCUCUGUCGGUGGUGGAGUGUUCCCAGUCUCUUGGCAUUUGUUCCUUACCUGGAUGCAGAUAUAAAGAAACCAGAAGGAACUUGCAGAAAGAUGUUGCUGAGAUCCGUGAUCAGGGUGUGGAGGACGUGUUUGUGUUCUGUACCAGAGGAGAGCUGGUGCGCUACAGGGUGCCCUGUCUGUUAGAGGUUUAUUCUCAGAAUGGACUCAGGGUGCACCACCUCCCCUUCCCGGACGGGGGCGCCCCAGAGCUUCCGCAAUGCAGCUGCAUUCUGGAAGAACUGCAGGAGUGCCUGCAGAAUCAGCGCAGGACUGUCAUACAUUGUUAUGGAGGUCUGGGACGCUCAGGGUUAAUUGCUGCAUGUUUGCUGCUGCAGCUCUCUGUAUCCAUGACACCCAGUGCUGCUCUGGAGAUCCUGAGGGAGCUGAGAGGAGGUGGAGCCAUUCAGACCGUCAAGCAAUACAACUUCCUUCAUGAGUUUCGGGAGAAGUUUGAAGCAUAUCAAGAAACCAAAGAGCGGCUUUCAGAGAGAUCAGUGUCCCGAUGAUCAACCUGACAUCCAGAUGAUGUAAAAGCAGAAAAAAAAGACCAAUUGCUUUGAUUGAUGGUUUUGCUCUAUGGAUUUUCUCUACUUUGAUUAUGAAUGCAUUUGUUUCUUUUCUGAUGGCACUUUAAAAAUUCUGUAUUUUUAUAAGUCGAUCUAAUAAUAUUGUGCUUAAUAUAUAACUUUGCAAUUAAAUGGGUGUUGUUCAGUAAGUGAGUCUUAAAGGUGCAGCAAGUGAUUUCUGAGAAACGCUCUUGAAAAUUGUAAUCAACACCCAAACAAACAAUUUUCUGAAUGUUUUCUAUCUGUCUGUUGUAUGUAUGUUGAAACAAAUUGUUUGAGAAACUGGCUGAGAAAAAAAGUAAGUGGAUCAGACCAAGCACCACAACACUCUUGUAGCCAAUCAGCAAUUGGGGGCUUUUACGCUCAUGAUGGGGAGGAGAGAGCGUGAGCAAGCGGGAAAUUUGACUAGACUAGAAAGGGACAUGGCUGAUGCAUUAAAAAUGUCGGUACACGAGUAACAUUGGUUUUGCUAUAUUUCACAAAUAUAGCAUGCUGUUGCAAUAUUAGCUACAGUGUUGCUGGUGCUUGGCAUCAGCUAUGAUGAAAACAUCCAUUUCGGCAGACACAGGUGAGCUGUCUUGAUAAGCCAUCUGUUAUAGUGUUUCUUAGAAAUUGGUUAGUGCCUAAACACGAUGUUGUCUGCAUUAAUCCUGGCCAGUCGCUCAAAUUGAGAGAAAUAUUUAUUUUUGUGUCUUGGAAGCCAUAUGUUGCUUAUGUGAGUAACUGAUGGUGGAUUAAGUUGUUGUGCAGCUAUUGGCAAUAACUCCUGGCAAUUCUUUCUUAUCAAAGUGGUCAUCAGUAAGAAAACUAAUAAAGUUUGCAACAAUUACCAAUGAAGUAAACUAAGGUAACAUGAAACAAACCAAAUGCUGUCGUGAAUGAAAAAUA